AUGUCGGACUCUCCUCUAGGAACCGUCUCCUCUGCUCAUGCACCACACCAAGAUGGCACGAAUUAUCUUCAUCCUCAACUCACAUGUAGCGAAGGCGGGGCUGCCGAAGCCUUGGAUAAGCCAAAUGAUGAGGUGUAUGAUUGGGAACACGACACAGCGAACCCCAGGAAUUGGCCUCUCGCAAAGAAAUGGAUAACCACUACAGUCGUCUCGCUGUACACACUUGUCACACCGUUAGCAAGCGCUAUCAUGGCACCUGGUUUGCCUGACUUGGCCAUAAAAUUUGGCAUAACCAAUCCAACAAUCUUAGCGUUGACUCUGAGUAUCUUCGUUCUAUCGUAUGCCAUUGGUCUAUUAUUCGCGGCACCCUUAUCGGAAGUAUAUGGUCGUGUGUGGGUGCUCCACCUAGGAAACUUCUUCUUUCUCGCGUUUAAUCUCGGCUGCGCUUUGUCGGCCAAUACCAUGUCCUUGAUCGUGUUCCGGUUUCUAGCUGGAUUGGCGGGGAGUGCGCCUAUAGCAUGCGGCUCAGGUGUCAUCAGCGAUCUCUUUUUGGAACACGAGCGCGCCUCAGCUAUGGCACUAUACAGCAUUGGACCUAUGCUUGGCGAUUCACUCAUAGGCCCCGCUAUUGGUCCUGUUAUAGGGGGUUUCAUCGCAGAGUCGGUCGGUGUACAGUAUGUUUUCUAUGUCAUCGCUGCGAUCUCUGGUAUUGCCGCAAUACUUGGCAUCCCUCUCAUGAGAGAAACAUAUGUACCAGUCAUCAGGUUUCGUCUUAACGCCAUGACACUAGAUCCCGAAAAGACAUCUGUUGGGCAUCCUGUCCUGGCCGCACAUCAUAUGGACAAGUGGGUUUACUUAUGGGUUAAUCUCAAGCGACCGGUCAUUUUACUGACCAGGAGUUUCAUAUGCUUCAUCUUGAGCUUGUAUAUGGCUUUGAUGUACGGUAUCUACUUCUUGUUAUUUACUACUUUCCCCGACCUCUUUGCAAACGUGUACCACUUCAGCAUUGGAAUCGGAGGUCUGACAUAUAUCGGAGUUGGUUUUGGAUUCGUAGUUGCUACCGUGUUUGGCGCCAAACUUUCCGACAAGAUCUACAUAUACCUUACUGCAAAAAAUGGAGGGAGGGGUCGACCAGAGAUGCGUGUGCCUGCUCUGAUAUUCGGGUCGUUUUUUGUCCCAGUGGGACUGCUUUGGUAUGGCUGGUCUGCCCAAGCCAAGGCACACUUUAUGAUGCCCAUCAUUGGCACCUCUAUCUUUGGAUUCGGAAUAUUGACAUGUUUCCUCCCUAUUCAACUAUAUCUCGUGGAUACAUUUACAUACGCUGCAAGCGCUACUGCAGCCGCUUCUGCCUUCCGUUCACUCCUUGGGUUCGCAUUCCCUUUAUUUGGACAACAGAUGUUUGCGACGCUCGAUUAUGGCGGAGGCAAUACGCUUCUUGCAGGCUUUGCCAUCAUCAUUGGUAUACCCUUCCCCGUGUGGAUAUAUUUCGCCGGCGAAGGUAUCCGCACGAAGAGUUCCUUGGCUCGUUGAUCUGUUUCAAGUUGUCCUUCCAACCAAAGUCUCUUCAUGAUCAUGGGAGUAUGAUGAUUACGCCAAUAGCCUGUAGAGAUAAGGAAAGGUUACAGAGCUACGAAAGAUAAAUAUUCAGGAGGCAUGAAUUAGCUGGCCUCAUCAUGAGCCGUGGCGUAGUCGUGUCUAGUAGUACAAAGAAUUUAAGAAACAACUUUAAGCGCUCAUUACAUCAGCUAUCCUUU